AUUCCACACAGGAAGGUCACACCAUCCCUCACCAUCAUCAGAGUGAAGAUCUUAUAGAUAUAAAAGUUGAGGUGAAAUCAGAAGAAGAAGAGACGUAUGUGAGGGAUGAUCAGCAGUCUAUGGAGGAGGAUGGAAUAACGGGGACAUUUGUAGAGGAGGACACUCCUACAGAGAUCAGCACAGGUGGGUCAUAAUAUAUUCUCCUGUUGUCUGCUCUGUUACUGCACACUGAUUGGACCAAAAGAGGGUGGGAGUGAAAUCAGAAAAUAAUAAUAAUAUCAGAAUGGUCACCUCCCUGUUUCGAUCUUCUUAUCUCUGAUAAGCUCCCCUCUCUUUGUUACAGUAGCUCAGAUAUGACAACACAGGUUGAGCCUUCUUUAGGUUGGUCCCUCUUUUUCGAGCAGAUCUAUAGAUAUAUGUUACCAGAAAGCUCCGUGUACGGCUUUGCUGGGCUGGGAAAAUAAGAAGUAACAGAGAGAGAGGAACCCACUGGUCUUUCCUGGAGAAAAUGCUCCCUCCGGUGCUGCUCGUUAUCAGAAGACUCGGCCUUUGACGAUUUUAUUCUGAUGAUGGAAGGGGGAGGGUCUGCCAGUCUGAACGCUGAUCCUCCUCUGUAGUGGGGAUCACAAGACCGCCUGCCUAGGCUUGUAGUUGUACAUAACAGAAUUGAAUCCCUCAUAUUUCGACGCGGUUGCAUGAACAUAGAAGUGAUCUGCGGGGAAGUCCAAAGGCCCUUUUCAACGUUUUUAUAAGAAUGAAAGAGUCUCAGCUGGUUGGGACUUCCUUAAAGAACAUCUCCUCACUCAUAUCUUCCUGAUCCAGAUGGAAUCUUGAUGGAAGUGAAGGAACCCUCUCAUAUCUAUUGAUGAUGUUUUUCUAUUUUUUCAGGACACGCCAUGGAGAAACCCUCGAAGGAUCGUCUCAUUUUAUCUUCGGGUUGUAAAAUGGAAGAUGAGGAGAUCACAGGAGAUUGUGGAGAAGAAAAGACAAUGAGCUCCUCUAUGGAUGGAGGACUUCACAGUGCGGAGAGACCAUGGAAUCCCUCUGAGGAACCUCGUACUGUGAGCGGUGGUGGUGGAAUUCAGGAGGAGGAGCCAUUUCCCUGUCCUGAAUGUGGGGAAAGUUUUAGCUCUGAAUCAACUCUUACCACACAUCAGAGAUCUCACACGGGGCAGAAGCUUCAUUCCUGUCGUACGUGCGGGGAAGGUUUUCUACGUAAAUAUCAUCUUAGUGUCCAUCAAAGAUUGCACACGGGUAAGACGCUUCAUUGCUGUCCUGAGUGCGGGAAAUUUUUCCUUACAAAAUCAGAACUGGUCACACACCACAGAUCCCACAAGGGCGAGAAGCCGUAUUCCUGCCCUGAGUGCGGGAAAUUUUUUUCACGAAAGUCCUAUCUUUCUGUACAUCAGAGAUUGCACACGGGCGUGAAGCCAUAUUCCUGCCCCGAGUGCGGGAAAUGUUUUGUGCGUAAACAAUUUCUCACAACACAUGAGAGAUCUCACACGGGCGAGAAGCCGUUUUCCUGUCCUGAGUGCGGGAAACGUUUUGUACGUAAACAACUUCUCCAGACACAUCAGAGGUCUCACACAGGGGAGAAGCCGUAUUCCUGUCCAGAGUGCGGAAAAUGCUUUUCACAGAUAUCAGAACUUGUCACGCAUAAAAGGUCCCACACUGGCGAGAAGCCGUAUUCCUGUCCUGAGUGCGGGAAAUGUUUUUCACAGAAGCCACAUCUUUCUGAACAUCUGAAAUGCCAUACGGGUGUGAAGCCGUAUUCCUGCCCUGAGUGCGGGAAACGUUUUGCGCGAAAGUCGCAACUUGCUAGACAUCAAAGAUCUCACACGGGCGAGAGGCCGUAUUCCUGUCCAGAGUGCGGGAAAUGUUUCUCACAGAAGUCCCAUCUUACGGAACAUCAGAUAUGCCACACAAGGGAAAAGCUUUUUUCCUGCUCCGAGUGCGAGAAAUGUUAUCCGUGGAAAUCGGAACUUGUCACACAUCAGAAGUGUCACACAGGUGAGAAGCUCCGUGUUGAGGUUACGCCAUCGUCUUGCGUAGAGAGCGACAUCGGCUCGUAGAAGGUCAUCUGCUGGUUGAACGUUGGAGAUGUGAACUUUCCCGAUGUAACAUUUCACAUGAACCUGAUCAGAAACACAAACAUUAAAAAAGGUAAUUUCUUAAUAUGGAACAAAUAAAGAUACAAUAAAUAUUUAUUACUAAAAUAGUUACAUUGUUUGUAAGUUGAUUGAUACGCUUCGACUUU